AUGGACAAACAGAAUCUGACAGUGCUGACUGAGUUCAUUCUCAUGGGAAUCACCGACCGCCCUGAGCUCCAGGCGCCGUUAUUUGGGCUCUUCCUCACCAUCUACAUGCUCUCACUGCUGGGCAACUUGGGCAUGAUCAUCCUCACCACGAUGGACGCCAAACUACAAACACCCAUGUACUUUUUUCUCAAGCACCUGGCUUUUACUGAUCUCGGUUAUUCAACAACCGUGGGACCGAAAAUGCUCGUAAAUUUUGUUGCAGAACAAAAUACAAUCUCCUAUUGUCUUUGUGCCACACAGUUGGCUUUUUUCCUUGUGUUCAUCAUUAGCGAACUCUUUAUUCUGUCGGCCAUGUCCUACGACCGCUACGUGGCCAUCUGUAACCCCCUGCUCUACACAGUGGUCAUGUCACAAAGGGUUUGCCUGGGGCUGGUGGCUGUGCCUUAUCUCUAUAGCACAUUUGUUUCUCUUCUAGUCACCAUAAAGAUUUUUAAACUAUCCUUUUGCAGCUACAAUGUUAUCAGCCAUUUCUACUGUGAUAGUCUCCCCUUGUUAUCUUUGCUCUGUUCAAAUACCAAUGAAAUUGAAUGGAUCAUUCUCAUCUUAGCAGGCUUUAAUUUGAUUUUCUCUCUUCUGAUCGUUCUCGUGUCUUACCUGCUCAUCCUUAUAGCCAUUCUCAGGAUGAACUCAGCUGAGGGGAGGCACAAAGCUUUUUCCACCUGUGGGUCCCACCUGACAGUGGCCACUGUGUUCUACGGGACCCUAAUAUUUAUGUAUGUGCAGCCCAAAUCCAGCCAUUCCUUUGACACUGAUAAAGUGGCUUCUAUAUUUUAUACCCUUGUUAUCCCCAUGUUGAAUCCCUUAAUCUAUAGCUUGAGGAACAAAGAUGUAAAAUAUGCACUACAAAGGGUGUGGAAAAAAAUUUACAAUUAUUUUUCUUAA